CGCAGUGUGGUUGCAUGGGAGAGCCAUGAAGGUGCUGAAUAAAGAAGAGCUGAAGAAAGCUGAGGAAGCACUCAGACAUUUCUUUCCCCAGUCACAACAGGUGUAUGGAUAUGUUUUUAUGAUUAAUCGCGUCGAAGCUGAUCCCAUAGAUGUGCUGGUGGACCAGUGGCCAGAUUUUAAUGUGCUACUCAUCAGACCACAACGGCAGGAGAAAGCUGACCUUUUCAAGGACAUGUGCGUUUUUACUAAGGAUGAAACAACUCUCAGGAACAUACUGGUCGGGACGGACGUUAUUGACUGGAAGCAGUACCUCUGUCUAAGUGUUGAUCUGUGCCACGAGGAGAUGCUAAAGUUUGUAGCAGCGAGCAGAAGCGUGCCAAUGAGAAAAGAUCACGUGUGCUACAUGCUGAAACUGCAAAGUCUAUCUAACCUUACAACUGAAAGGUUUCCCGUACAAGUGUCCUCACUUAACGAGUCUCACGUUGCUCUGGUGAAUAGCACAUGGAAGUUUGGCAUGGGUGAAUUCAGUGAACGGUACAUCAGGGACAUGAUCAUGAAUUUCCCUUCGUGUUGUGUGCUGGACUCAGAGGGUCAGCCGGUGUCAUGGAUAUUGACCUAUGCUUCCUGUGCGAUGGGAAUGCUGUACACAAUGCCGGAGCACAGACGGAAAGGCUACGCCAAAGCCCUGGUCACCAUAAUGGCAAAGAAACUGCAUUCAGAGGGCUACCCAGUGUACUGCUUCAUUGAGGAGGAGAACCAGUUGUCCUACAGGCUCUACCAGUUUAGGUUUCACUACGGAUCCGUCUUACAGGGCUGCUUGGAUUAAGUUUAAUCAAUCAUGUUAGUUUAUUUAGAUUUUAUUCAGUUUUAUACAAAUGCUUCCCUCACCAUUCCAUUAGCUUUACCUGGUAUCACAACUUAAAACUAUUUUGAAGGGACCAUGCUAAUCUGAGUAGUUGUUAAAGUAUUUGUAAAACAUAUAACAAAUAAAAUGAUAUGAAAAACAA